AUGGUCGACUGGGCUACGCACGAUCGUUUGUAUCCACCUGGAUAUCAUGCAAUAGACAUUCGAUAUAGAAGUAUGAGUUCUGAUUCGUCACUACCUUAUUUUGUUGCAUUAAACAAGAAGCACAAUUGUCGCUCACGAGCAAAGCAAUCAAAACAAAUUAAAAAUGCAAAUGUGUUUAGUGAAAAUCUUCUUCAAGGUCUUAAUCCAGCUAUUUAUUUCUAUCAUUCAAUUUCUGUUAACGAAAGUAAUGAAAGAAAUUCAAAAUUACUUGCAUCCUAUACUUUAAAUAUAAAUUGGCCUCGUUCAAUAUGUUGUUUAUCUGAAACUGAUGGAUCAUUGAUUUUAUGCGAACAAGAGCGAUGUCGUCUUCUUCUUUUUACAUCUCAAUUAGUGCUUCGAUCAACUUGUGGUGGAACACGAGGUGAUAAUCUUUAUCAAUUCGAUUCACCUUGGAGUGUAGCUACAUUAAAUGAUAAUUCAUCAUUAAAUGUCGCUGUAGCUGAUACAAAUAAUCGACGAAUACAGUUUUUUACUAUUGAACAUAAUGGACAAUUUUUAUACAAAUAUGGUUUAGUUACAAAAAAAAAACCUUAUUUUAUUGCAACAAGCAAACGAUAUUUUGCUGUAUCCUGUGAAAACGGUUUUAUUAUUACCUUCUCAGCAAACGAAAGAACUGAAUUAUCAAAAAUAAAUUUCAAGAAAAUAUCCUCAACGCAAAAUUCAUGUGAAUUAGCCUAUUGUUUAUGCAUGGAUCCUGAAAGUAGUUUCGUUUUUGUUAGCAAUCCAAUCGGAUCACCGAAUGUGAUUCAUCAAUUGACUAUAACUGGUGAAUACAUUCGUGCUAUUAAACUUGAUUAUAGACCAUUUCUUCGAAUAUCUUCUCUUGCAUUUGAUAAGCGUAAUCGACAGCUUGUUAUUGUCGAUUCACUUAAUUCGAUUAUUUACUCUGUAGAACAUGAUUUAGAUGAAGAUAAUGUAGAAAUUUUAUUAAAACGCUCUGAUAAUCUUAAUUAUCCACAAGCGUUAUGCAUUAGUAAUGAAGGUCAUUUAAUUGUCGUCGAAUGCAGUGUAUUAACAGAGCACACAUUAAAAAUCUUUCAAUAUCAUUCAUGCAUAUGUCAUUCACGUUUGACAACGUCUAGUGUAAAGACAAGCGAAACAACUAGUGUUCGAUCAAUGAUUUAUCAACGCUGA